AUGGCUGCGAUUAUUGGGGAUGGCCUCAAGCCUUGGAUGGCACGGCUAGGCAUGAACGGCGUCAUUGGGAUCUGUGUUGCAUUGGCAUUCAUCACGGCCAUUUACAAACUGAUUACCAAGUCAUGGACAGCAACGGAACCGCAACCCAACCCCGAUGCCAAAACGGGGGGAAAGCCAGCUCUACACGACGAGACGCCCAAUUUGGUCAUUGAGCCUUUGGAGCAGUUCGAUUGGCAGGCAACAGAGCCCACCAAGUACCUACCCAUCAAGCCGGUGUAUCACAUCACCAUGGCCCUUCAACAAGACACGCCCUCGAGACUCAUCACCAUCGACAGAGACUACCUGGACAGGGUUACCCUUCGGCGAAAUCUCAUUGACGAAAAGGGCCACGCAGUCCACGGAUACCUGCCCCGAGGCAAAGAGUCCGUGGCCGAGCUAUACACCUACCUCUUGCGAGACUACUUGCCCGCCCGGUACCCCACAAUGUUCGGAAUUGGCCCCGACGGGACCGUUUUCGAAAACACGGCAACGGGUAGGACAUUCCCCAUGCAACCGCCCGAGGAUGCAGACGCUGCGCUUCGAACAUUGGGAGAAACAGUCGAGGAGGAUCUGUUCCUCUUGCAUGAAACACCCAGUGGUCAUCUCUGCGUGGCCUUCAUGUGCUGUUUCCCAUCUGGGUUUGAUCCGUCCGAGAAGUUCGGCAACUUGCUCAAGGACAUACACGCUCCCGUCCCGUCUUACUCCAAGAUUGGCGCGAGCAUGGAGCGAUUCUUCAGCAAGCUUCAGGUUGGGAAAAGUGUGAAGCGGUUAAAUUGGUCCGUUCAAACCAACGACGAGCUGUAUGCACUGGGCAACCACACCAAAGAUGACGAGGCGGAAGCUACUUCGGAAGACAGCAUAGAUGCGAACCAGGUAACGUUGGGACGCACCACGUGCAAAGAGUAUUCCAGCUGA